AUGAACUGCACUCCCAAUGCCACCAUCACCACCGAGCUGGGACUUGAUCUGAUCCCAAGGACUGCAAAUGAAACUUCCAUAGCUGGUGGCAGUGGGGCUGUUACCAGUGGAGGUUUGUGGGUGACCUCCUUGCUUGGUGCCACACUUUUAGUCAUGUGUGCCGUAGGAUUGGCAGGCAACAUUUACACACUCAUCGUUACGCGCUCAGCUGCUUUGUGCCGCAAGGGUUCUAUGUAUGUUUACAUUGUUAACUUAGCUCUGGCUGACCUGCUUUACCUUUCCACCAUACCCUUUGUUGUCUGCACCUACUUUUCCCAUGACUGGUUGUUUGGUGAGGCAGGUUGCCGCAUUCUGCUGAGUCUGGAUCUUCUAACAAUGCAUUCCAGCGUCUUCAUUUUGGUUGCAAUGAGCUUAGAACGUUACCGAGCAGUGGCCAAGCCCUUCAGUGCCCACAAAUCCUCUUCUCGCAGUAGAAGACUCAGUGCAGUUAUUAUUUGGGGGUUGGCUUUCAUCCUUACACUUCCCAUGAUGGUAAUGAUACAGCUCCGGGAAGGCAAGCCUACAGUGUAUGGCUUUGUAAAAAGAAUCUGUUUCCCUACCUGGACACCUGAGGCCUUUAAGGCCUAUCUCACAGUACUGUUUUUCACAAGUGUUUUAGUCCCUGGAUUGAUAAUUGUUGGAUUGUAUGCUGGACUAGCAAAGCGUUACUGGACAGUGCAGGCUAGAUUGGGGGGCAGUAGCCUCUCAGCCAGGAGGAAAGGACUCAAACAAAAAGUGUUGUCAAUGAUAUUAAGCAUUGUAGUAGUAUAUUGGGCAUGUUUCUUACCUUUUUGGGGAUGGCAGCUCACUAAACUUUUCUCCCCAGAUUCCCUCAAAGCUUUGUCUGCAGCUGCUCAUAAUUAUGUCAAUUUCUUUGUCACAUGUCUCACGUAUGGAAACAGCUGUAUUAAUCCAUUCCUUUACACUCUUCUGACUCGAAAUUAUAAAGAUUAUUUAGCUCAAAAAGGUCAGUCGGGGGGAUCAACCAAGGCUGAUCCUGGAACAGCUGUAACGACACCUCUUCAAGAACUUUAA